AUGAAUAAUAUUGAUUUUAAAGUAGGAGAAGCCUUAGUAGCGGCGCUGUAUAAAAAUACUACUUUAACCCAUUUAGAUCUUGAGGAAAAUCAUAUUGAUAUUAUUGAUUAUAAAAAUUUUAAAACCACAAGUGCAUUAGAAAAAUUUUCUUGGAGUACUCUUAAACAUCACUCUAGAUAUAUGUGA